ACCGCGAGGGGGAGAGGGAACAGCGAAGGGGGAGAGCGCGUGCUGUUCUGUAUACUGCCGAGGAGGAGCUUUCCUCCGGAGUUCAGUUCACAGCCUCAGCACCGAAACUUGCGCUGUCCUUACCCUGGGCUGGUUCAACAACAGAAUCAUUGCAACAGAUAAACACACUACGUUAUUUAUAGCUGGUUGUCUAUAGCUAAAAGCUGGUGCCAGGUUUGUGUUCUCCAAGACCCUGUAUGCACGUUUUCUUUUGAAGGAUAUGGUCACAACCCCGGUCUCAAAGUGGAGCCACGCGUAUCUCGGAUCGGCGCGCUCCUCCAGGGGCUAGGAUGCGCGCCCGGAACAUCCAGGUUCUUGCCCGGGUUCGGGUCUGACCAGGAGUCCACUGCCCCGGGUCGCCUAGGCAGGAGGACCCAGUCGACCCGGACCAGGAUGCCGGUGAUGAGGGGUCUGCUGGCCCCGCAGAACACCUUCCUGGACACUAUCGCCACCCGCUUCGAUGGUACCCACAGUAACUUUGUCCUGGGUAACGCCCAGGUACAGUCCCUCUACCCCAUCGUCUACUGUUCUGACGGCUUCUGUGAGCUGACCGGCUACGCCCGCGCCGAACUGAUGCAGAAGAGCUGCGCAUGUCAUUUCCUGUACGGGCCGGAGACCAGCGACCAGCUGACGGCGAAGAUCCAGGGGGCAUUGGACGACAGGGGGGAAUUUAAGAGUGAGCUGGUGUUCUACAAGAAGGGAGGUACCCAGUUCUGGUGUCUGCUGGACAUCGUGCCAAUUAAGAAUGAGAAGGGAGAGGUGGUGCUGUUUCUGGUGUCCCACAAGGACAUCACUGACAACAAGAAGGACCAGGACCCAGAGCAAGGCCCAGAGACUGAUGAGGAAACGGGUCUGGAAGUGCACAAGGUCACCCGUCCCCCAGGCUUCAACACCAACCGCAGACGCAGCCGGGCGGUGCUCUACCACCUGUCUGGACACCUGCAGAAACAGGACAAGAGCAAGAUCAAACUCAACAACAACAUGUUUGGGGACAAGCCGCCCAUCCCAGAGUACAAGGUCGCAGCCAUUCAGAAGUCCCGAUUCAUCCUGCUCCACUACGGGACCUUCAAGGCAGGCUGGGAUUGGCUAAUUCUGCUGGCUACCUUCUAUGUGGCAGUCACGGUGCCCUAUAAUGUGUGUUUCACUGUGGUGGGGGGGCGGGACGAAGGGAGCUCUGCCCCCCGCAGCCCCCCCAGUGUGAGUGACAUCCUAGUGGAGAUCCUCUUCAUGCUAGAUAUUGCAUUGAACUUCCGGACGACCUUUGUGAGCACGUCGGGCCAGGUGGUGUACGAUGCCCGCUCCAUAUGUGUGCACUACGUCACCACCUGGCUGUUUGUUGACCUCAUCGCUGCCUUGCCCUUUGACCUGCUCUAUGCCUUUAACGUCAGCGUGUACUUUGGGGUCCACCUGCUGAAGACAGUGCGGUUGCUGCGUCUGCUGAGGCUGCUACAGAAGCUGGAGCGUUACUCCCAGUACAGUGCUGUAGUCCUCACCCUGCUCAUGUCCAUGUUCGCCCUGCUGGCCCACUGGAUGGCCUGCAUCUGGUACUUCAUCGGACGCAGAGAGAUCGAAAACAGCCCCAACUCCUGGGACAUCGGUUGGCUACACGAGUUGGGAAAGCGUCUGGGCACCCCUUACUUCCUGUCUCCCCUUGCUACUUUGGCUCCUGGUUUGCUGCACCCCGCCAUUGUCAACGCCUUCCCGGCCAACAGUAGCCAAUGGAACGUGUCCGGGUUGGAGCUGGCAGGGCAGGACUCGUGGAACUCCAGCCAGUGGAACGUCACAGGGACUGGGGCAGGGGCCUUGGCUGGUGGGGCGGGGGUCGGUGUGGGACAGGGUGGAGGGAUGCUGGGUGGGGGUCCAUCAGUGAGGAGCUCCUACGUGACGUCGCUGUACUUCGCUCUCAGCAGUCUGACCAGCGUGGGCUUCGGAAACGUCUCAGCCAACACUGACUCUGAGAAGAUCUUCUCCAUCUGCACCAUGCUCAUAGGAGCCCUGAUGCAUGCGGUGGUGUUUGGUAACGUGACCGCCAUCAUUCAGAGGAUGUACUCUCGGCGCUCCCUCUACCACACCCGUACCAAGGACCUGAAGGACUUCAUCAGGGUCCACCGCCUGCCCAAGGCCCUGGAGCAACGCAUGUUGGAGUGCUUCCAGACAACCUGGUCUGUUAACAACGGCAUCGACGUCAGCGAGUUGUUGAAGGACUUCCCAGACGAGUUGAGGGCGGACAUCGCCAUGCACCUGAAUAAGGAGCUGCUGCAGCUGCCGCUGUUUGAGUCGGCCAGUAGGGGAUGUCUGCGCUCCCUGUCCCUCAUCAUCAAGACGUCGUUUUGCGCCCCGGGAGAGUUCCUCAUCCGCCAGGGAGACGCCCUGCAGGCCAUCUACUUUGUCUGCUCCGGGUCCAUGGAGGUGCUGAAGGACAACACUGUGCUGGCUAUAUUGGGGAAAGGGGACUUGAUCGGCAGUGAUUCUCUGACCAAGGAGCAGGUGAUUAAGACCAAUGCCAACGUGAAGGCCCUGACCUACUGUGACCUGCAGUACAUCAGUCUGAAGGGGCUGAGGGAGGUGCUGAGGCUCUACCCAGAGUAUGCUCAGAAGUUCAUCUCCGAGAUACAACACGACCUCACAUACAAUCUCAGAGAGGGCCACGGAGCUGACGUGGACUGGGAGAGUAACGGAGGCCUGGUGAAGAAGCUUUCAUCCAUUAAGGAGGAUGAGGAGGGUGAUGAAGAACAGAGCUCUGUAUCGUGUGCCCCCCGUUCCCCUUUACGUCUCACCAGGGUUAUUAACUCGCCCCUGCGCUCCCCCCUGCUGCCCCCUCGGCCCUUCCGCCCCCCCUCAGAACACACCCGCCCCGCCACCCUGCAGAUACCCGUGGUCAGCUUCAGCAGCGCACCGCCGGAGCUUAGUCCCAGGUUUGUGGAUGGUAUUGAGACAGAGAGAAAUGUGAACUCAACCCAGAAGUUUGAGUUUAGCUCCAGUCUUCUACACAGUGGUCCACCAUCCCCAGGACUAGGGAUCCAGGAGCAGUCAGAGAUCAGACAGAGUGUCUCUAAGCUGAGUGAUGAGAUGAGCAGUCUCUCCCAACAAGUCUCUCAGCUCAGCCAGGAACUACAGGAAAUGACCCGCCUGCUCCGGCCCCUCCUCCUUGUGGCGCCUCAGCCAAUCCUGACAGCCAUGACGCCCAUCCUGACUCCACCCCCCAGCAGUGCCAGCCAACCGUCCUCCAGGACACCUCUGGUGGUCCCACCUCCAGCCCCGCCCUGCUCCCCACAACCCCACCCCCGGCGAACGCAGUCCUGCUCACUAUUGGACGUGGACAGUGCUGACACAGGGAGGGUGGACCUGCCAGGUUGCCUCCUCCCCACCCCCCCUCUACAGAGGCCUCCAGCCCAGGCCCAGGCACAUUCUCCAAUCUCCCCAGGGAGAUGUUCCAAGGACUUACUCCACUCCAACCCCCCUUCCCCUGGGAGAGGAGACACAGAGGGGCCCACCCACCUCUCCAACGGUUCUAACCACUCCAACCUCCCGGUCUCUAGCAACGGGUUCUUCCCUGUCCAGGACCGUCCUCCCCUUGCCUCCCGCACCCCGUCCCCCUCCCUUUCCUUCUCACUGUCUCUCUCCUCCUCACCCUCCUGCUCUCCCUGCCAGGGACCCCACCAUUCUCGACCAGGCAGCCACAGUAGCCACAGCAGGGGCCUGCUCCCCCCGCCUCCCUCCCAGGACACCCCGCCCCCACCUUCCUCCCAUUGCUCUGCUCCCCCGUCACUCAUCUCCUCGCCUGGAGACCAUAGGCUGAGGGUGGUCAGCCCCUCCUUUUCCUCCUCCACUAACCUCAUCCCUCCCACGUCCUGUCUUAACCCCUCGCCCUUCUUCCCGGGGCCGUUCUCCCUGGACUCUCUGAGGUUUGAGACGCAGGGGGGCCCCAGGCUGGAGGCAGGACACCUGGAGCUUGAGAUGCAGGAGUGGGGAGGGGAGAUGGGGGAGGGAUGCUCCCAAAUGAUGGAACACAUCAGCUACAUUGACGAGGAAGGGCCAGCUCUGUGACAGAGAGGCAGAUUACAUGCAAGAAGAAACAGUAGAAGAGAGAAUAACAAGGAGAGAGGAGAAAAUGUAGCCAGCUGGUCCAGAGAGCAACGUUGAACCUGUGAUAUGCACACAGACAGACAUAUAGACAAAUUAAUAGACAAACAGUGAGAUGGUCAGGUGGAAACCAAUGGCAUCACUGAAAAAGAUCCCACCAGGACAGUAGCAUGACACCUAAUCUAACGGCAGACUAAUCAGGCGAUCUGGCCAUGUUCUGGUCAUGUUAAAGCAACAAAUCCUUCGGUAUCUGUGGACGUCAUGAUGUCAUAAGUGAAAUGUGCACCUUUUUCCCUACCCCUCUGCUGACUCCAUAGAGAGCAUGUUGCCCGUGCCAGAUUUUCCCAACCUACCACCCCUUCAUGACAUGACAUAGGACUGGAAAUGUACACUCUUAUUCAGUCUCUGUCAUGUAGAUUCAGCAUCAUACUAACAUAUGUUGCUUAGAUAUCACCAUAGCUGAUUCAAAUGUGGAGUUAAUUUACUUCAUAUUACUACUAAAUAUUCCUUCAGAGUUUCUCUUUAGAUACAUUGGGACAUGUUUCUCUGCUACUUGUUAUAUGGAGGGUUAUUUGUUACAUUUGGAUAACCCCAUUAGACUAUCUCCACAAACUACAUACACACUUGCACUGUGGUCUUAUAUAGAAUGACACCCUCAGUGUCGAUCCAGCAUUCAUAGUAAAGCCUACACACCGUAGUUUCUCUCCCUCUAACAAUAUUUAACACUACAAGAGAAUCAGUGAGCUUACAAGACACAUGGAUCCCACCAGAACAUGUAGACAACACUACUGUAGAGUAGAUAUUAAAGGGCAACUCCACCACUUUUCAACCUCAUUUUCAUUAUCUUCAGCAAAAUACCAGUGUCAACAUAUGUGUAAAAGUUUUGUAGAAAAAAAUCUUUAGUUAAAAAGUUCUACACGAUGACUAGCCUGAUGACUCACACUAAAUUAUUCCGUUGCUCCGUUUUUCACUACAUACUUUAGUCUGAGACUAGCAUCAUUGAAGUCGUCUGUGGUGACGAGGGGCACGAGGGGCGUUGUACAACACAAAGUCCCUUUACUACUCUGAUUGGAUCGCCUCUAACCAAUCAGAGUAUUAAAGCCGCUUUACCCAAGCGUGUUCUGGCACUGGCCCAAGCCAUUGAUUUCUUGACCAAUCAGACGGCCCCGAAUGUGUUCGCAAUCGGUGAAGGGUCAGGGAGGUACUCAGAGCCAGACUCAAUGCGAAGAAGAAACUAACGUCCGUGGGCGUGGAGUAUAGUCGGAGCAAGGAGCCUGGGGAGCCAACCCGAUGACAUCGUCAAAAGUUUAAACAUUUUAAAAACUGUUCUUUUCAAACACUAUGAAAUUUGCGGUGAUAUGGGGAGCAAGAAAAUACCCUCCCUUGGGCUAGAAAUUCAUUGCAGGUUUUGAAUAUCAGUUUUUUACUUUUAAUCCUACCCUGUGAUGUCACAGAGAAGCAUCUUUUAAAUCACAGAAAUGUGCUGUUUUUACAUACACUACCGUUCAAAAGUUUGGGGUCACUUAGAAUGUCCUUGUUUUUGAAAGAAAAGCGCAUUUUUUGUCCAUUGAAAUAACAUAAAAUUGAUUAGAAAUACAGUGUAGACAUUGUUAAUGUUGUUAUUGACUAUUGUAGCUGUAAAUGGCAGAUUUUUUAUGGAAUAUCUACAUAGGUGUACAAAGGCCCAUU